AUGGAUUUUGUACUGAAUGAAGCAGCAAAAACUGGAGCCCAGAAAAUGUCUUCCAGUUCAGCAGCUACUUGGCUCACACAGCUUUCAUGUUCAGCUUCAGAAUCUGCAAACAAGAAUUUGGUCUCAGGUUCUGUUGUUCUUCAGUGGUUAAGAUUCAUAUUCUUUUCUCCAUGUCCUCAGAGAGCUCUGCUGUCUGCAAUUAACAUCUUGCUGUUGGUUAUUUUCCUCAUAUUCGCCUUGCAAAAGUUGUGGUCUAGAUUUCGCUCUAAAAGUCGUUCCAGUUCUGAUGUAAACGAGUCUCUUUUAGAAAGAAAAGCAAUAAGUGCCAGUUCCCCUCUCCCUGAUGUUAGCAAUUUGUUUAGAUUGACUCUGAUUGUGACCAUUAUGUUAGCUCUCUCUUCAAUAGUAUUAUGCAUUCUUGCAUUUAGUAAGAAUAGCCAAAGGUCAUGGAGGGUAACAGAUGGAAUGUUUUGGCUGCUGGAAGCCAUAAUUCAUGUCAUUAUCAGUGUACUAAUUGUCCAUGAAAAAAGGUUCCGGGCAGUUACUCAUCCAUUGACUCUUAGAAUUUACUGGAUAGUGAACGUAUUUGUCCGAGCUUUGUUCUUCAUUUCAGGGCUUACAAGAUUAGUAUCCUUAAAUGAAACUGGUAGUUCGACAUUAAGAUUAGAUGACAUAGUUUUAGUAGUCGAAUUUCCUUUGUCCAUUGUUCUUCUGAUUGUUGGGAUUAAGGGGUCUACCGGGAUUACAAUAAAUGAAGAUAAUACUGAGUCUUUAAGGAAUGGAGAGAUCAAGGUGCAUGAGUUACCUAAGAAUGAUCCUUCUGUCACUCGUUUUGCUUCGGCAUCUCUUGUAUCCAAAGCCUUUUGGCUAUGGGUUAAUCCUCUGUUGGCGAAAGGGUAUAAAGCUCCAUUGAAGAUUGAUGAUGUACCUACUCUUUCGCCUCAACAUAAAGCUGAGAGAAUGUCAGAGCUUUUUGAAAGGAAUUGGCCUAAGCCUGAAGAGAAAUCUAGGCAUCCUGUCAGAACUACAUUGCUCCGCUGCUUCUGGAAGGAAAUUGCUUUCACGGCCUUCCUAGCUAUUUUGAGGCUCUGUGUCAUGUACAUUGGGCCAACCCUAAUUCAGCGUUUUGUCGAUUAUACUGCCGGGAGAAGAAGCUCAGUUUAUGAAGGCUACUACCUAGUAGGAAUCCUAUUGACUGCGAAGUUUGUGGAAGUUUUGAGCUCACAUCAGUUCAACUUCAACUCCCAAAAACUUGGGAUGAUGAUACGUUCCACACUCAUUACUUCUCUGUACAAGAAGGGUUUAAGGCUUUCAUGUUCAGCUAGGCAAGCUCAUGGAGUUGGACAGAUUGUAAAUUACAUGGCUGUGGAUGCACAGCAACUCUCUGAUAUGAUGCUUCAGCUCCAUGCUAUAUGGUUAAUGCCUUUGCAAAUUACUGUUGCUAUGUCUAUACUCUAUAGUAACCUGGGGGUUUCUACUUUUGUGACACUACUAGGACUUGUUUGCAUAAUAUUGUUUGUGGUGUUUGGAGUUCGAAGGAACAAUCGUUAUCAGUUCAAUAUUAUGAAGAACAGAGACUCCAGGAUGAAAGCAACUAAUGAGAUGCUGAACUAUAUGCGUGUGAUCAAGUUCCAAGCUUGGGAGGAACAUUUUAACAAGAGAAUUCAGUCUUUCCGUGAUACUGAGUAUACUUGGCUAUCCCGGUUUAUGUUCUCAUUCUCUGCCAAUGUUGUUGUGCUGUGGACAACUCCAGUCUUCAUUGCUACAUUGACAUUUGGAAGUGCGAUUCUGCUGAGAUUUCCCCUUGAUGCGGGAACAGUCUUUACUGCUAUUUCACUCUUUAAGAUGUUGCAAGAACCAAUCAGGACUUUUCCGCAGUCAAUGAUUUCAAUUUCACAGGCACUGAUUUCAUUAGAUAGGUUGGAUAAAUAUAUGAUGAGCAAGGAAUUGAUUGAUGAUUCAGUGGAGAGAGUAGAAGGCUGUGGGGGUGAGAUUGCUGUGGAUAUGGAAGAUGGGGCAUUUAGUUGGGAUGAUGAAACCAGGGAAGAAGUGGUGAAAGGCUUAAACUUUACAAUCCGGAAAGGUGAGCUUGCAGCUAUUGUUGGGACUGUUGGAUCAGGAAAGUCUUCACUUCUGGCAUCGAUUCUUGGCGAGAUGCAUAAACUUUCAGGAAAGCUCAGGGUUUGUGGCAGUACAGCAUAUGUUGCACAGACAUCAUGGAUUCAGAAUGGGACGAUUGAAGAAAAUAUCCUCUUCGGUGAGCCAAUGAACCAAGACAGAUAUAAGGAAGCCAUCAGGGUUUGCUGCCUGGAAAAGGAUUUAGAAAUGAUGGAGUUUGGAGAUCAGACUGAAAUUGGAGAGCGUGGCAUCAAUCUCAGUGGAGGGCAAAAGCAGCGAAUUCAACUUGCAAGGGCCGUUUAUCAAGAUGCUGACAUUUAUCUACUUGAUGAUGUAUUUAGUGCUGUAGAUGCUCACACUGGUUCUGAAAUAUUUAAGGAAUGUGUCAGGGGAGCCCUCAGGGAGAAGACAAUUUUACUUGUUACUCAUCAAGUUGACUUCUUGCAUAAUGUUGAUCUAAUCCUAGUCAUGCGAGAUGGAAUGAUUGUUCAAUCAGGAAAGUAUGAUUCACUCCUUAAUACUGGAACAGAUUUCAAAAGCUUGGUGGCUGCCCAUGAGUCAUCUAUGGAACUAGUUGAGGCGGAAAGUUCCAAACAAAUCAAGACUGUGGCUGAACUUCCAAAAUCCCCUCAAGAAGCCUUUAGUCCUAGGGGAGAAAAAGGGGAGGGUAAAUCUCUAGACCAUCCGAAUUCGUCUGAGGGAACUUCAAAACUUAUUAAAGAAGAAGAGCGAGAAACUGGGAAAGUUAGUCUACAUGUUUACAAGCAGUAUAUCACUGAAUCCUUUGGCUGGUGGGGUGUAAUUGCAGUAUUGUUUACAUCCAUUUUGUGGCAAGGGGCUUUAAUGUCAGGCGACUAUUGGUUAGCAUAUGAAACUUCUGAAGAGCGUGCCAUGUCAUUCAACCCUUCUCUGUUUAUUGGGGUUUAUGGCAUAAUUGGAUGCGUUUCCUUUCUGCUGGUAACGAUAAGAAUCCUUUUACUUGUGCUCAUGGGGCUCAAGACUGCACAGUUAUUCUUCAAAGGAAUUCUUCACAGUAUAUUGCAUGCUCCAAUGUCAUUUUUCGACACUACGCCUUCUGGAAGAAUAUUAAGUCGGGCCUCCAAUGAUCAGACAAAUGUUGACCUAUUCCUCCCACUUUUUGUGAAUUUUUUUGUGACCAUGUAUAUCACGCUUUUCGGGAUCAUUGUCAUCACGUGUCAAAAUGCUUGGCCAACUGCUUUCCUUUUGAUUCCACUUGGUUGGCUGAACUAUUGGUAUCGGGGCUAUUAUCUUGCAACCUCUCGUGAAUUGACUCGGCUUGACUCCAUCACAAAAGCACCUGUAAUUCAUCACUUCUCAGAAAGCAUAUCUGGGGUUAUAACAAUUCGAUGUUUCAGGAAACAAAAAAGGUUCUGCCUGGAAAAUGUCAACCGUGUCAAUGGAAAUCUGCGUAUGGAUUUUCACAAUAAUGGAUCCAAUGAGUGGUUGGGAUUUCGCUUGGAACUCAUGGGAUGUUUAAUCCUUUGCAGUUCUGCGUUGUUGUUAAUUGUGUUACCCAGCAGCAUUAUUAAGCCAGAGCAAGUUGGUUUGUCUCUAUCAUAUGGGCUGUCCCUCAACAGUGUGCUGUUCUGGGCAAUUUAUGUCAGUUGCUUUUUAGAGAAUAAGAUGGUUUCUGUUGAGAGGAUAAAACAAUUUACAAAUAUUCCAUCGGAAGCUGAGUGGAAGAGAAAGGAUGUUCUUCCACCUCCUCGCUGGCCCGAUAGAGGAAAUAUAGAGUUAGAGGACUUGCAGGUUAGGUAUCGUCCUAAUACUCCUCUGGUCAUCAAAGGAAUAACACUUGGAAUAAAUGGGGGAGAAAAGAUUGGAGUUGUUGGUCGAACCGGGGGUGGAAAAUCAACUUUAAUCCAAGUUUUCUUUAGGUUGGUGGAGCCUUCAGGAGGAAGAAUCAUUGUUGAUGGCAUCGAUAUCAGUAGUCUUGGGCUUCAUGAUCUUAGGUCUCGAUUCGGUAUCAUCCCUCAGGAACCUGUGCUUUUUGAAGGAACUGUGAGAAGCAAUAUCGAUCCAGUUGGACAGUACUCUGAUGAAGAAAUAUGGAAGAGUCUUGAACGUUGCCAGCUCAAGGAUGUAGUUUCUGCUAAGCCUGACAAGCUUGAUUCUUCAGUCGUUGACAAUGGAGAAAACUGGAGUGUCGGGCAGAGGCAGCUUCUGUGCUUGGGAAGAGUGAUGCUAAAACACAGCAGAGUUCUGUUCAUGGACGAGGCAACUGCUUCAGUUGAUUCCCAAACGGAUGGUGUGAUCCAGAAAAUAAUCCGGGAGGACUUUUCUUUGUGUACAAUAAUUAGCAUUGCCCACAGAAUACCAACUGUGAUGGAUUGUGACAGAGUUCUUGUCAUCGAUGCAGGUAAAGCAAAAGAGUUUGACAAGCCAUCUAGUCUACUGGAGAGGCCGUCGCUUUUUGGUGCAUUGGUUCAAGAAUAUGCAAACCGAUCAUCUCAACUUUAA